AUGAUAGAUAGAAAGUACGGUCGUCGGAAUCGAAGCAGCUGUUCGGAGAGUAACGGCUUCCAAGAUGUUGAUACGGACUAUCUUUCCCAAGAAUGCCCUCAAGAUGUUUACGAUUUUACGUACUCAUCUCAGGGUUCCACUCAUUGUCACUGGCCUGAUUCAUAUGGUUUUAAUUCAUCGCAGGAGUCGAGGCAAUUGACGAUUUCCGGUGCAAGAAAGGGUGGGGAAUGUGAGGAUUCUGAUGGGGAUUUGUGGAAGCCCAAGAAAGUGAAGGUGUUUGACGUUGAUUCGGGGCCGAAUGGAUCGAAUUCCUCGCAGGGCACGAGGGAAUUGGCGAUUUUGCCCAGGACGGGUGGUCAAGAAGAAGGGGUUUUCGAGUUUACUGAUGGGGAUUUUUGGAAAUCGAAGAAGGCCAAGAAUGUUGAUUUGGAUCCCUAUGGAUUGAGUUUAUCGCAGGAGUCUGGCGAAUUGGCAGUUCUGCCUUCCAGAAAGAGCAACGAUAAUUGGUUUUCUUGGGACUGCGGUGGGAUUUCUGAAAAAUAUAAGAAGGUGGAUAGUAAAGAAAAUGGGGUUUUGCAGAAAAAUAAGAAUAAGAAUAACAAGAAGAAGGCUGUGAAAUUGAAGGAGUUGGGAUCAGAUGUAGUGGAGCUGCCAGCGACCUUGAUGGAGACUCAAGAGUUUGGGGAGAUGAUGGAGCAUGUGGACGAGGUGAAUUUUGCACUAGAUGGGUUGAAGAAGGGGCAGCCUAUCAGGACUCGAAGGGCGAGUCUUCUGUCUUUUCUUUCAAUAUGUGGAACUGCUCAGCAGCGGCGCCUGUUGAGGGUUCACGGGAUGGCCAAAACUAUUAUUCACGUGGUUUCGGAACUGAGUUUUGAUGACCCCCCCAGCAACCUUGCUGCUGCUGCUCUAUUCUACGUCCUGACAAGUGAUGGUCAAGAUGAUCAUGUUCUCAAUUCUCACAGUUGCAUUCGCUUUUUGAUAAGAAUGUUGAAACCACACACAUCAGGUGCUGCCAAAGAAAAGACACUGACCAUCGGUAGCAAGCUUCUGGGCAUAUGCAAAGAUGCUGGUAUCUUACAAGAUUCAGCCAAGGGACCAGAUUCCAGCUCUGCUGCAAUAAUGCUCAAGGUUCAGGAGAUUCUUAUCAAUUGCAAGGAAAUGAAGCCAAGGGAUAAAAAACAUAAUGGAGAGGACAGACCUGAGUUGACUCCUAAGUGGAUUAGUUUGCUGACAAUGGAAAAAGCUUGUUUAUCCAGAGUCUCUAUUGAAGACACCUCAGGCACUGUCAGAAAAUCUGGGGGCAACUUCAAGGAAAAACUAAGAGAGUUUGGAGGACUUGAUGCCGUGUUUGAAGUAGCGAGAAAAUGUCAUUCUGUAAUGGAGGGAUGGUUAGAACGAAGUCCAUCUUUAGUGCUAGAUUUGAAAGAUGUCACGGGGAUAGAAAGCCUAGUACUGCUUUUGAAAUGUUUAAAAAUCAUGGAAAAUGCCACAUUCCUUAGCAAAGAUAAUCAGUGCCAUUUGCUUGGUAUGAAAGGAAACUUUGACAGUCAGCGAACUCCACGUACUUUCACGAAACUGAUUCUAAGUGUCAUUAAGAUUCUCUCAGGUGUUUCCUUACUGAGAAAUCUGUGGGGCAGUUCUCAAGAUGAGAAACUAUGUGGAAUUUGUAAUAGGAGCAUAAAUUCUUCUGAAAGGCCUUUAACAACAUAUGUGGGCAAAGUUGAGAAGUCUUUCAGUCCUUGCGCAGGGUGUGGUAGCAUGGAAUGGACCUCCUCUGAGAAAGGCUUUUGUGCAUCUCGAGACGAUCGAUGCAUUAGUUCUGAUCAGCCAGGAUGCUGUAAAUCCAGUCUGGAAACUACGAACAUAGCUUCUGAUCCUUGGUUGCUGAAGAUGAGAAUUGAGUCCUCCACAUCUGGGUCAUGCAGUGGAACAUCAGGGAAUUCAAUCAAUGGAUUAUCCUUGAGAAAUAAUGAUUCGGAAUUAAAAUUUGGUAUUGGCAAGAGAAAUAAAGUUUCUGAAGGUGCCAACUUCGAUUUUGUCGAGGACAGUCACGAUCCUUUCGUAUUUCAUGAUGACGAAUUUGAUGAACCCUCUAAGUGGGACUUAUUAUCUGGAAGGAGAAAGAAAUCUCGAACUGAAAAUAGUGGGGCAACAGUAAGAGACCAUCGAGACAAGUGUCCCUCUCAACUGAUGUCGAGCCAACUAGAAACAAGCAACUUGGAAAAUCCCUGUUCUCAGGAGGCCUCUUGUUCAUCUACUGCUGAUGAAAACAACUCCGAUCUUCUGGCAGAUUGUCUUCUUACGGCUGUCAAGGUUCUUAUGAACUUAACCAAUGACAACCCUGAGGGUUGUCGGCAAAUUGCUGCCAGUGGAGGUCUUGAAACACUGUCUUCACUGAUUGCUGGUCACUUUCCAUCGUUUAGCUUAUCAUUGCCUCCCUAUCCAAGGGAGAAUAGUUUCUCGUCUAAAUCAAGUGUGGAGACUAGCCAAGAGAACUACCCUCUUCUCACUGAUCAAGAGCUAGACUUUCUUGUUGCUAUUCUGGGCUUGCUUGUGAAUUUGGUGGAGAAGGAUUGCGGCAACAGAUCAAGGCUUGCUACAAGUAGUGUUUCAUUACCCAGCUUGGAAGGGAUGGAGGACCGUAAGGAUGUAAUUCCGAUAUUGUGCUCUAUCUUUUUGGCUAAUCAAGGGGCUGGCGAGGCCACUGGAGAAGGAAAAUGUUUGUCCUGGGAUGAUGAAGAUUCCAUAUUACAGGGAGAGAAAGAAGCUGAAAAAAUGAUUGUAGAAGCCUAUGCAGCUCUUCUUCUUGCAUUCCUUUCUACUGAAAGUAAGAGCAUACAUAAUGCUAUUGCUGAAUGUCUUCCGGAUCACAACCUGGCAAUACUCGUUCCAGUGUUGGAAAGAUUUGUGGAAUUUCAUAUGACGCUGAACAUGAUAUCCCCAGAGACGCACAAAACUGUGCUGGAAGUAAUCGAAUCAUGCAGAAUUCGAUGA